AUGGCGGCGAUGAUGGGAUUUGGGGGCUUUGGCUCCACCAAGGGGAAGAAGGUCGUGGGCAACAAUGUCGGCGCGGUGAGGAAGGAGAAGAAGACUGAAUACCGCCAGUACAUGAACCGUGUUGGCGGUUUCAACAGGCCGCUGAGCCCUCCCCGCUGA